UAUACUCUCAUUUUUAUGUUCCAAUCCUUUGGUUUUUCAGAGAGUUCUUCUGGGAAUGGCUUUUCCGACUUCAUUUCCGCUACAUCGCCCAACGUUUCCGCCGCACAAGGUGCCCCAACCUCGUCUGUUGGGAGCGGCCAGCCGAAGAAGAGUGAAGAGGAAGAGUUUUUCUCGCAAGGCCUCUCCAAUCAAACGACCUCUGCCCAAGCCAAUGAUGGGAAAAUGUCCAAGGACUCGAUUUUGGCAUUGUUCGGACAGAAGACGAAUAAUAGUCCUUCGCCCAUGAUGCAAAAUGCGGGCGGAGGAGGAGGGCAUUUCGGUGGAUUUGGAGCCGCGCCUCAACCUCACCAGUCCAUGUUUCCUCCAGGAGGUUCCUCAUUUGGUGGAGGUUCCAGGCCUGGACAGCAGCAGCAGCAGAUGUUUGGCACCAACCCGCAGUCCAAUCCAUUCCUAAACCCGACGUCACCGAAUGCCAAUCAGUUUGCCAGCCCUAACACCGGAUUCGGGGCCAAUUCGUUGGCUAGCGGGCCCCAGAAUAAUCAAGCAUCCUUAUUUGGCAAUCAGGUGAACCAGACCCAGAAUCAGAUGAGUGGUUUGAAUCUUGGGAAAGGCUUCAACGGCAUUCCGUUGGACCCCACUUCUAACAACAUGCCCGUCAAUUCCAACUCGAACACGUCGAGUAGUGCUGACAUUUUGGGUUUGUGGUAGAGCCAACGACGGAUAAUCGAAUUUUUCUGGACUUCCCACCUUGAUCUCUGAGCAGAGGCGUCUCAUCCGACAUCCGAGAACGGUUCCCAUACCCCAUCCCUUCCUCAAGAGUCAUAGAUCAUAUACUACACGUCACGUACACACUCCAUGUCGUUCCUUUUUACGUUCCUUCACGUUUUCUAAUUUUAUUUUACUCUCCCCUC